GUUCCAUCGUUUUUUCAAGCCGAGAGAAAAGAGACUAAUGCCUGAACGGGUGGAGGCUGCUACAUAUUUAAAUCGCCCGGCUUGGUUUUCACCGUUUAUCAACGAAUAACUUUCCUUUUUUGUCUUCUUUCUACCGUCGGAUUAUUUAGAGCUGAUUUAAUGUCGUAAAUGACAGGUCUGUAAGGGCGUCGUUGUUGGGAAGUUUUUCGAAGGGGGGGUUUGACCAGCAAAGGGCCAUGGCAGUCGAGGCUCGACCUGAGCUGGUCGGGAAGCGGUUCCUCUGUGUCAGCGGGGACGAUCCACCUGAAAUCGGCGACAUCGGUCGAUGGCCGUGGAGGUCCGGGGUUAUACGAGCUGUCAACCAUCGUGACACCGAUAAUUCCGAUCUGGCGGUAUAUGUGGAAUUUGAUGACCAGGAGUGGGAGAAGAGAGAGUGGGUGAAGGUUUAUGAGGAUUUCCAGCUGUUUCUACUGGAGCACCAGCUGGUCUGGGCCAAGAGGAAGGAGGGAGCAGCAGCAACAGCAGGAGGAGGCGGAGGAGGAGGCGGAGGAGGAGGAGGAGCAGGAAGCUUGUUGCAGGGAACCAAGGCAAAACACAUACAGUGGCCUGGCCUGGCAUUUAAGCCAGUUGUGGGGAAGAGCCUGUUAUCUUCAGUAACAGCAGUGGAAUUUUUUUUGGACAGACAGCUGGACUUCCUGUCUGAUCAUUCAGCCUUCCAGCCAUACCAGGAUGAAGUGGACAGUCAGAGCCCAGUGUUAAGAGACAACCCUUUGCUCCAUGAAGAAGUGAAGGGCUGGCUUAAAGAUCAGAAGGUGCAGGAAAUUUUUAUGCAAGGUCCAUACUCACUGAAUGGCUACCGCGUGCGUGUGUACAGACAAGACUCGGCCACCCAGUGGUUCACUGGCAUCAUUACACACCACGACCUCUUCAGUCGAAACAUGGUUGUCAUGAACGACCAGGUGCUAGAGCCUCAGAAUGUGGAUCCCUCUAUGGUCCAGAUGACCUUUCUGGAUGAUGUGGUCCACUCUCUGUUGAAAGGAGAAAACAUUGGCAUCACCUCGAGGCGAAGGUCACGAUCUAGUCAGAACAACAACACCACUCAUAUGGCGGGAGGGAGACCCGGCGGGACCACUGGCAACACUCAGAGUCAUUACACACGAGCCCAAGCCAACAGCCCCCGCCCCAUUAUGACAUCUUCAGGCCCUAACCCUAAAGGUUCCCAGGGUACACUAGCAUCCCAGCAGCAGAGCCAAUCACAGCAAAACCAGCAACCAGUUAGCCAAUCACAUCACACACCAGGAGGGAGUGGGAGGGAACAGAGAGAACAGCGAAACUCUCGUUCUUCCAGGAGGAAAGGAUCAGAUAGCAGUGUUCCAGAGGAUGAUAAGGACAAGAGAGAAGAUGCCACAGGGCAAGAGUCAAAGUCCAAGGUGAAGCAGACAGUGAACAAACGCAAGAAAGGGGAAGAAGAUGACAAGAAGGCAGGUCUGAAGAAGCUGAAGACUGACAUGACAUCUGAUCUAUCAGAGAGCAGCGACUCAGAAAACCCACAAAACAAGAGAACCGUCCUCUCCUCAUGCUCCUCUUCCUCCUCAUCAUCCUCAUCAUCCUCAUCCUCCUCCUCCUCCUCCUCAGAGCCCAAUUCUGAGAAUGAGCUUAAGACUCGUAGCAGUGAUGUGAAACCAAGUGCCAUUUCCAAAAUGGAGGAGGAGGAAAAGCCACUGAUGCAUGGACCCAAAAUGAAUGAUGCCUCAUCUCUCAUUGGUCGUCUGUCCCCAUGGGUAGAGCUUCAAGCAGAUGAAGACAUCAAGAAAUCUGUUAAGGAAAAAUGCAAAAUGAUAACGAAAGAAGAGGAGGAAUUGGUGGCAGUAACUCAGAUCACCCAGUCUCCACGGCAACAGAUCCCUCUGAUGUCUGACGUUGUCCAGGGCGGUAUUAUAGAGAACAUUAAGAACACUGUGAAAGCAUCAUCUCAGUCCCAGACACCGUCGCUGUCUCAUCUGCACAGCAGCGUUGUUAUUGAUAUCACAGAUGAUGCCCAGGCCACUGUUCACCGUGAGAGUUCAGAAGCUGUGUCAGCGCUGCUCGCCUCCCAGAAAGCAGAGUCCACAGCUCUCUCACCGUACCUCCCUCUCAACUCCUCCCCUGUCUCUUCUCCUCCCGUCCCUCCAUCUCCCUCGCCAUCAGAAGGAGGCCGCAGGACUGAGAUAGAAACUCCCAUUCAGCAGCAACAGCAAAGUAUUAUUGGAAGUGGUAAUACCACACCCAGAAGCUUAAGCAGCAAGAUUGAGUUUGGGCCCUCUGAUGUCAUCAGGCCUGUCACACUGAUGACUGAAAAUACAGUGGAGAAGGAGAAAACUGUCCUUCCUCAUCAUCAUCUUGAUCAUCAUCAACAGCAGCAGCAGCAGCAACAACUGCAACACUACACAUCCAUCCACCCUGGCGUCAAGGGCCUCACCUCAUCAGAAGAGACAAUCAAACACCCACAGCAGCUACCACCAGCCCCCAAGAUGAAUACAGUUCUUCCCCUUGACUUAGCCAAAUCCAAAAUAAGGCCUAGCCCAAACCCCAACUCAUCUCAGUUUGACACUCUUAUACAGAAAUCCCAACACCCCAACACAAACCCAAAUGAACUUUUUAAAGUUAAACCCCAACCAGGACAGCUAGAAAACUCUAAAUCUAAACCAUACACCUCCCCAGAGGUCUCUAAGCAUAAAAUUCACAGGUACUCAAAUAUCUCUCCACCUCAGACAGGCCGUGUGCAUGCUACAGUAGAGUCAGCAGAAUCUUCACGGUCUGGUUUCAAGCCAGUCCCAGUGCGGUUCGAAUCUAGUGGAGAUGGUACAAGUAGCAGCAGAAGCAACAUCACCAAGAGUCCUCUGAUUAUCGAUAAAAACGAGACCUUCACUGUUUACAGGGACCCGGCACUGGUUCGCUCUGAUGCAGACAAUUCUGCCUCUGCAACCGUCUCUUCUAACCACGUGGCGGCCUAUCUCCAUCCCCACUUGCACUCCCCCUGCCUACCUCCUGUAUCACACCCUCAUGCUGCAUCUCACCUCCUCAUUCCUUCUCACACCUCUCCCCUACCUCACCCACACCUUUUACCCCCUGGGGUGCUCCCGGCAAUGCCUGCUCCUUCUGCCUCUCUCCUUGGAGGCCAUCCUCGGCUCGACUCCUCCAGUGGAUUGGGUCACCUGCCCCUUACUCACCCGGCAGCCGCACACCAGCAGCAGUUUCUACAGGGUCAGGGCCCCGCUCCACCCUCUCUUCUAGCCCCGGCUCACAGCGGGACAGCAGGGCUUGGCCUGUACCCAAUCCUUUGGCAGUACCCUAAUGGAACACCCACCUCCUAUACCCCAGGACUCAACUUGCCCACCACAGCUAAGUGGGUCCACUCUGAAAAUCCUGUCACCGUGAAUUCUGAGGCCUCCCUCAGGAGGAACACUGCCAGUCCAUGGCUACACCAGGCUGGUGCUGGUGAUGGUGUGGGUUUGCUGAGCCACAUUCCUGUCCGGCCUUCCAGUGCAGAUGCCCAACGCCCCCAUGUCAAGAUGAACACACACACAAGCCCUCCCCUGUCAAAGACCAACAUGGACAAUUUUAAAGAAGAUGUGGAUAAGAAAGGCUUUGUUGAUCCCAUCAGGACACUGACGUUGGCACAGCUUAAACAGGAGCAGACAGACAGAAGUCGCACCCCAACAGGAAAAGAUGUCCACCUACACCGCCUUUACCUCGAUUCCCACAGCAAGGCCCACCUGACUAAUACACAGGAUGCAGCUCAGGCAGCAGAUCGAGCCUGUAAAUAUAAAGAGGAGAAUCGGCAAAUCCUGAAAGAGAGCAUUGAAGUUGCACCUUUCACUGCUAAGAUCCAGCGCACCAGUGACCCCGGGAUGGACAGAGACAGAGAAAGAAGCAGAGAUCCAGCAUUCCCUGUCAGGAUAUCAGCUCUUGUGACCCCAAACCCUAAGGCCAUCCACACGCAUCCCCACGUCAUCCAGUCAGAAAAGAGUAACUACUUCACUACACUGUCAAACAGUGUAGUGAAUGAGCCUCCAAGACUCUACCCCUCAAAGGAACUUAGUUCUUACUAUGAGAAAUCACUCAUUGCCCCAAGGGUUGUGGCCAGUGUUGGAGCCACUGUGCCAAGCCAGGGAACUCUGUCUCUGGGAAGCUACAACUCUAAAGCCUCUCUCUCUAAGCCCCCUCCCCUCAUUAAGCACCAACCAGAGGGAGGAGAGGGUUUAGCAGGGAAAAUCACUGAGCAGCUCGGCCAGCAGGUGACCCUGGUCCAACCGCAACAUCAGCACCACACAAGUGUGGACAGGGUAGAAUCCCGCAGCCCUGCCAUUUCUCCCUCCUCCUCUGUGUCAUCAUCGUCAUCCUCAGCCUCAAAUCACCAUCACCACCAUCAGCAGCAGCAGCACCAACAGCAGCUCAGGGCAAUGCCAUCUCUCCACCGAGCACCUGUCUUCCAUCCGCCCACACAGCAUGCACUGGAGCGAAAAGAGGCUGCAGAGCGAGAGAGGGAACAAGAAAAAGAAAGGGAGAGGGAGAGAGCAGGUAUUGGUGGACGUCUCUCUCCACCAACCCUUACACCCAUCCAGCCAGUCAGCUUAGUAGCAGGUGCUGGCAAAACAUCAGCGGAGCAACAGAAACCCCCCACAUUGCUGCCUGAACUCAGGGAUGUCAAAGGUCAUGGAAACACUGCAGCUAUCACCUCUGUGGCCUCUGCCAUCAGUGGAGAGAUUAUGACUCCACCAACAGACGGGUGGACAGGCGGAGAGAUGAUUCAGGAAAGAGGGGUGUACUCUAGAGAUAAAGGGGUGUCACGGGGCAGGCCCCAUGCAGCAAUGGCCUCAGUCAUUGUGCGCCCAUCAACAUAUGUUAAAUGCGACAGUCCUAAUGGUGCUAACAAAACUGGUGCUAUUAUUAAUAAGGAACUUCCCCAGGGAAGGUUCUACCCAUCCAAGCUUCAAGGGGAAUGCCCAAGAUUUGGGGAGAGUGUUAGAGAACCUGGCAGGAUUAUCCAAUCCAACUCAAACUUGGAUGACAUCUGUGUCCAGUAUAAAAUGACUUCUAUGCGAGGUGUCCAAGCACCUAUAGCAGCUAGCACAACAAACUCUGUGUGCAGGACUGCUGUGUCAGCUUCAUCAGCUUUUCGCAUACAGAAUAAUAAUAAAGGUGGGACAGCCACCCCCGAGUCAGGAUACUCGGUCUCAUCUCAGAGUGAGUUUAAAACUGUCACGGGUGGCCGGAUGGUCAGCCAUUUAGGACCUGAGAGAGAGCACCAGGAGGGCUUUGACUUGUAUACCAAGUCUCCAUGGACAUCUUUGCCUUCAGCUAGUUCAGUGGGAACACCCCACUGCAGUCCAAACCUCACCCCAACACCAAGCUCAUUUUCAGGCUUUAGUCAGCCUUACUCCUCCUCGUUUAUCCACCCCAAGAAGCACAAGGCUGCUUUAGCUGCAGCCCACUCCAGAAAUAACUUCUCCACUGCUCCCACAUCCAUUACAACUGGAAACUCCAGCCUAACUGUAGAUUCUGUUGACACUCCCAUCCACAACUCACCCCCGCCACCAUCUUCAGCUGAAGCUUCCUCAUCCUCAGUUGACAGCAGCAGCUUGACAAACAGGAACCCAACACCGGGCAAGUCUAGUCCCCUGCCUAAUGGCCAGCACUCUGGAUCAGCUUCAACAGGCUGCGGACAGCCCAGUAACUACCACAAGCUGAAAAAAGCCUGGUUAACUCGACACUCUGAGGAGGACAGGAACACAACUGCUACUUCUAGCUCCACCAGUCCUAAAGCAGAGAAACUGCCCAGUACUACUACCAAUACAAGUAACACAACAGCUGUGUCAGAAAUUAUCAAGCCUUGUACAGUUAAUCUCAGCGCAUCCACCUCCAGUGAGGUGGAGAUGAGCAAAGACAGUGGAAGCAAAGGUGAGAGAGACAGACAACUGGAGGAAAAGAUGGUAGGGCCAGCAGCAGCAGGAGGAGGAGGUGGGGAUGACAGAAAAGCAGCUCCUUUAUCGAAGCGGGGGAACAAGCGGUCAUAUGAGUCUGGUUCAGACAGUGGAGGAGAUGACUCAGAUGCCAGUGAGAGUAAGAUGGAGUGCCGAGCCAAGCGUCAGCCUAAACCAACCUACAAGAAGAAACAGAAUGACAUGGCCAAGAAGAAAGGAGACCAUGAAAAAGAGGAAGAUGAUGUGAAGCCCAAUGGUAUCUUCAGAUCAGCUAGAGAGAAGACAAAACUCAAACUUGCAAGCAGCAAUGGGAUUCCCCGCUCUGUGCUGAAGGACUGGAGGAAGGUGAAGAAGCUGAAGCAGACGGGGGAGUCUUUUUUGCAGGAUGAUUCGUGUUCAGAAAUUGGACCCAACUUGCAAAAGUGCCGCGAGUGCCGUGUGAUCCGCAGCAAGAAAGGCGAGGAGUCUGCACAUUCCCCUGUCUUUUGUCGCUUCUACUAUUUCAGACGGCUUUCCUACAGUAAGAACGGAGUCAUCAGGAUGGAUGGCUUCUCCACCCCAGACCAGUUUGAUGAUGAGGCUCUGGCCCUGUGGGUCCCUGGAGCAAAGGAGGAGAGCCACCUGGACCAAACUACAGCCAAGUACAUCCUCAGCUUCAUAGGAGACAAGUUCUGUCAGAUGGUUGUGACUGAGAAUAAUGCAGCCAGCUGGGUUAAGAAGGAUACCAAGCUUGCUUGGAAGCGAGCAGUGCGAGGAGUGAGGGAGAUGUGUGACGCAUGUGAAGCAACACUCUUCAAUGUGCACUGGGUCUGUCAGAAAUGUGGCUUUGUUGUCUGCCUGGACUGCUACAAGGCCAAAGAGAAAAGGCGUUCCAAAGAUAAAGAACUAUAUGGAUGGUUGAAGUGUGUUAAAGGCCAACCCCAUGAUCACAAACACCUCAUGCCCACACAGAUCAUACCUGGCACAGUGCUGAUGGAGUUGGUGACGUCCAUGCACAGUUUGAGAGACAAACACAACAUAAAAUCUUACUGUCCGUGCACAGACAAGCAGAACCUUCUCACCAAACCACCACCCACCAAUGGAGUCUCACAGGUUCUGCAGAAUGUGUUAAACCACAGUAACAAGCUGUCUCUGGUGAAAGCCGAGCCAGGCCCACAGCAGAACUCAGACCAAGGAGGAACCAAAGUAGAAACUAACGGAGGAUGUGGUGGAGGAAGCAGUCCAGUUAGUGAUGCAGGAAGUGUUCCUGUCACCCCACCAGAGUCCCAGUCACCUCUGCACUUCCUGGCUGACCUGGCAGAGCAGAAAUCUAGGGAGGAAAAGAAAGAAAACAAGGAAUCAGUGCUGCUGAGCUCAUCUGUGAAGGAGGACAAAGAGAGAGGCAGCCUGGAAGUCUUGCAGCAGUGUAAAACCACCUCACUUGUGGCUAACAGUACAGAGCAGGGCUCCACACUCAGAGAUCUGCUCACCACCACAGCAGGAAAGCUGAAGCUGGGUUCCACUGAUGCAGGAAUUGCCUUUGCACCCGUCUACUCUACUGCUUCACAGACUGGAAAGGGUGGGCGAACAAUGCCCAAUAUCCUUGAUGACAUCAUUGCUUCAGUAGUAGAGAAUAAAAUUCCCGCCAGUCGACACAACAUCACCACUAAGUUGUCAAUCAAGCAAGAGCUUGUCACCCCGGGAAACAACAACAACAACACCAGUCCAGCUGUUACAGAGGAUGUCAAACCAGACAGGAAGAAGUCGGGGCCUGUUAUAACAGCAGUGCCAGAGGAAUCAACCAAUCAGUAUCCAGACAUUCCCCACUGCUGGUUAAACAAUGGACGGUUACUGUGGCUCAAAGAUCACCGCAACCAGAACAACUGGAAGUUGUUCAGAGAGUGCUGGGAACAAGGACAGCCUGUGUUGGUGUCAGGGAUCCAUAAGCGACUGAAUACCAGUCUAUGGAAGGCUGACUCAUUUAACCAGGAGUUUGCAGACCAUCAGGGAGACCUCCUAAACUGUAAAGAUCAGGUGGUGUCUAAUUCUGGGAUCAAGGAGUUCUGGGAUGGAUUUGAGGACAUCACCAAACGGCCAAAGUCCAAAGAUGGGGAACCUAUGGUUUACAGACUGAAAGACUGGCCAUCUGGAGAGGAGUUCAUGGCCCUCAUGCCCUCGAGAUAUGAUGACUUGAUGAAGAACCUGCCCCUGCCAGAGUACUCUGAUCCAGAAGGGAACCUCAACCUGGCCUCCCACCUGCCGUCAUUUUUCGUCAGGCCAGAUCUGGGGCCAAGACUUUGUUGUGCCUAUGGUGUAGCUGCAUCUCAGGACCAGGACUUUGGGACUGGCAACCUCCAUAUUGAAGUCUCAGACGUUGUCUCUGUUCUGGUCUAUGUUGGAGUAGCCAAAGGCAAUGGAGUCCUAUCUAAAACUGGAGUGUUAAAGCGUCUGGAGGAGGAGGACCUAGAUGAGGGGGUACGAAAGAGGCUGAAAGACUCCAGUGAAAUACCAGGGGCUCUGUGGCACAUCUACUCCAACAGAGACAUGGACAAAGUACGAGAGUUCCUGCACAAGCUCUGCAAAGAACAGGAAUUGGAUGUGUCACUUGAUCAGGACCCAAUCAGAGAGCAGGGUUGGUACCUGAGCAGGAAGCAGCGUCAACGGUUGUUGGAUGAGCACGGAAUUCAAGGCUGGACCAUAGUUCAGUUCCUGGGAGACUCUGUCCUUGUACCUGCAGGGGCCAUGUACCAGGUUCAGAACCUCCAUAGCUGUGUUCAAGUCAUCAAUGACUUUGUGUCUCCUGAGCACGUUGCCAGAUCCUUUCACCUCACCCAAGAGCUCCGGCCCAAUAAAGAGGAGGUCAACUACGAGGAUAAACUGCAGGUGAAGAACAUCCUUUACCACUGUGUGAAGGAGGUGGUGAGCUCUCUGAAGGGUAACAGCAGUGACAAAGAUGAGGAGGAGGAGAACUCAUGACAUACAAACACCCCCCUGCCUUGUACAUGCCUUCUAGAGAAGGCCACGACUCCCUUCUGCACCUCGCCACAUCGUCCUCAUCAUGUGGAGGACUGUCUUUGGAAGAGGUGACAGGUCAGACCUGGUCAUGUGAACCAAGUGACCUCACAGUGUGAACUGCCUCCUUUUUGCACAUCCAGGUUGCCAGUGAAAGGAACAGCCACCUCCAUCAUCACCUCAAACCUUCAGUGCCAAGAGGAGACAAAGACAAGAAGUCCGCUGGACUGACAGGGAUAAAGCUGUAAGAAGUAGCACGCUGGCUUGGAGCCUUGUUAAAGCCACUACAAUGAGUGAAAUGGCACUACGUAUUUCUGCUGGAAAAAGAACAACUCUUUAGUGUGACUGCUGGCGUACAUCCUGCUAGCACGCAGUUUCCAUGACAAUGAAGACUGUCCUGUAAGUGGUAGUGAUGGUGGAGCCGCUGAGAUAUGCUGAGCCCUUGCUGCUCUCUUACUGUAACAUGCUGUGGACAUAAAGGCCAGGAGCUUUAAUCCCUGUCUGUAACAGCAGCCCACACAUUGUCAUGGACAAAAGAAUCUGCUGAUCAUAACAGCAUCACCAGCAACAUUAAGAUCAAAACUGACACCUCUGAUGUUUUAUUUAAAAAAAAAAAAAAAAAAAAAAAAAUGUUGGGAUAAAAUGCAAACCAGAAAUCUCAGAUGUUUCAGUCAUCAGUCUCUGCUGCUCCCUCAUUUAUCGUUCCUUCUGUAAUUUGUCUGUUCUUGUCCUUUUUUUCUAGUUCUUUCUGUCAGUUGCAGCUUUGUUCUCUGCUUUCUUUUUCAUACAUGGUUUUAUUUUCUCUGUGAAGAUGUAUUUCUUUUAUAGAUCUAUGAUAAUGCAUUAAUAAUGAUGUAAUAAAUGUGAGUUGUACAGUUUUUGUUGUUUUUUUUCUUUUUUUUUUUUUUUUUUGCUAUGUGGUUUUCAGUUGUAAUACGGCUCAACUGUGAUGGAGGACGUGCACACACCAGCUACUUUGGGAGCUUUGGAAAGUGUUGAUGCUCUACUGUCCUCAUGCCAUAAAUACAUUUUCUAAAAAUGAACUGCCAAACUAUUGUAAAGACUGUAAAGUUGUAUAAUGUUAAGAAAAAACAAUAUUGCUUAUACACUUAAGCAUUUUAUGAAUAAAGUAUUUGCUGUAGAAUUGACACAUUUACAAAAAAGAUGUAAUUUAUUUAAGAAAUGAAAGGAUUGUCUUGUUUUGUUUACUAUGGUGAACUUUUGAAGUUAAAACGUAAAAGACUGAAAAGUGAACUAUAACAUGUAAAUAUAUACAUUCACUUAAGUAUUUUUUUAAAACAUGGCUUGCUUCAAUUUCAAAUUUUAAAGUGCAAGUGUUACAUACUUUGUACAUUGAAGUUCAAAAGGGUUUUACAUUUUCCAUUAAAAUGGAUUUAUUGAA